AUGUUAGGUGGCACGAAGAAGCAAAAGCCAGGGGCACCAAAAAAGACUGCGAAGAAGGAGGUGUUUGACAAGGCUCCCGUCGCAAAGACAAAGAAGGGCCACAAUGCCAGCGUGCUGAAGGGCCCUGUUGUGUCCCACACCUCAGGGGACGCUAGUCGCGACUCGGCAAAUGACCGUCGGCAUAUUCCCUUCAAGAACAAGCAUGAGGAGCGUGCGUACAAGAAGGAAAAGCGAAUUCCUCGAUACGCCCCUAGCCCAGCUGGGGAGGGCCCCGGUCACGGCCCCUCUGCCCAGCGACCGCGUAGUGCAAGCAGCGCUGCACAGCGUCGUGCCAUCCUUAAGGUAAAGAAUGACGAUGAUGUGUUGGAGCAUUUUCGCACAAAGCUCUCGGCGAGUACAUUCCGGCUCUUAAAUGAACAGAUUUACAAUUCAACUGUGGCUUUCGCUAGUCAGCUGCUGCGCGAUCCUUCCACGUACGCCGAUUACCAUAACGGCUACCGGCAGCAGCUACAUCAGUGGCCGAUGAAGCCGACGCAAGUCAUCGUAGAGGCCCUCUUGGGGGAUAGACGCGGUCGUUUCCUCGCCAACAAGGCGAAAAGCAUGCCAGGAUACAUCCCCACGAGUUGGGUCAUUGCUGACAUGGGCUGUGGCGAUGCGCAAAUCGCUCAGGCGCUGCAGCCAAAAGGGUACACGGUUCAUUCCUUCGACUUCUGCGCGGUGAAUGAGCAUGUGACGGUGGCCAAUGCCGCAAAUGUGCCACUAGAGAGCAACUCCGUUGACAUUUGCAUUUUUUCGCUUAGCCUCAUGUCAACGGACUAUGUUGAGUGCCUAUACGAGGCCUUCCGUGUGCUGAAGCCGAAGCGGCUGCUGAAGAUUGUCGAGGUGCGUUCCCGCAUUCCAUACCCAAGGCGCUUCUCUGACCUGGUCGAGAGCAUCGGCUUUGAGCUUGACUACAGCGACACUGUGGGAGACUACUUCGUGUCGUACGAUUUUCUCAAGCGGGACGGCCAGGUUAAGGCGAACCGCCAGCUAAGGUGCGACCCGCAGGAGGUACUGGUGGCGUCGCUUUACAAGAAGCGGUGA